AAAUUCUCUUUUUUCAGUCUUCAACCUUUGAGUAGUGAUGCUAUCUCCCUGCCUUUCUUCUUUCGGUCUCCUCGCCCCUCCCCUCCUGUUUGCGGGUAUCAAAAACAGCGGAUUGCACGAUAACACAGAGCAUCUGUUACCUGAGGCACCCAUCUGAGCCAGUCCCUUCAGCCUCACCUCAGCCAUGGUGAUCUACAGUGUGUUUGUGGUUAACAAGGCGGGGAGUCUGAUCUACCACAACGACCACUCCUCCUCACGCCCGGAGGUGGAGAAGACUUUCGGGUUCCCGCUGGAACUCACGCUGAAGCUGCAGGACGAGCGUCUCCUCGUCAUAUUUGGUCAGCGGGACGGCAUCCGUGUGGGACACACGCUGUUGGCCAUCAAUGGAGAGGACGUGUCGGGGACAAAAUUGGGAGCUGAUAAUGAGAGAAACGUGAUGGACGUCCUAAACGAUCCCAGCAACUAUCCCAUUUCCAUCAAGUUCGGUAGACCCAAGCUCUCCAGCAAUGAGCGAAUCAUGCUGGCUAGCAUGUUCCAUUCGCUGUUUGCCAUCGGCUCGCAGCUGUCGCCUGAGCCACACUCGUCAGGAAUAGAGGUACUGGAGACGGAUGCCUUCAAGCUACACUGCUUCCAGACACAAACAGGUAUAAAGUUCAUUGUCCUGACAGACCCCCGGCAAGGUGGAGUGGAAGCCAUCCUACACAGGCUGCAUGAGCUGUACGCAGACUACGCCCUGAAGAACUCCUUCUAUGCCCUGGACAUGCCUAUCCGAUGUGAACUGUUUGAUACAAGUCUUCAGGCAGUCUUAGAGCAGGCGGAAAAAUCAGGGGUCUAUUCAGGAGUUUAGAUCUUCAGAAGGAAUAUAAUAUAUAUAGGUGACUGUAAUAUAAUCAUUAUGAUCCUCAUUAUGACAGGGUUGUGUUUACCGUGCUUGUGUUGACGAAGCCCGCCCUCGACACACAAACGUUCUUCUGGAAUAGCUACAUGUAUACUUCUGGUAUGGAUAUGAUUAAAUACCUUUAGUGAAAUAGAUUUUGUUUUGACACUGGCACUGACAGGGAACAUAUGUUUGCAUGACUGCUCAAUCACAAAAUGAAAAUGUUACCUACACGUUUAUAAAAUAUUUAAGAAGCACUGUAAUGGUAGGCCCACACUUAUCAUAUAUCACAGUUUACUGAGGCCAAUUGGAGGCAUAAAAAAAUUGUCAGAACAUUUACCUGUUAAUGAAAGAAAGUUGCAACUCCUAGAGUUGAAAAAUCAUAUGAUGGAUGUGACUGUGCUGUAAGAGUGGUAUUUGAUGUUGAUAAAAUAUAGAAAUUAAAUUGGGAGCCACUUGAGGAAGAGAGGUUGUAAUUUCAACCUUUCCAUGUCUUUGUACCAAUAAAGCAUAUAACGUU